CCAAGUCCGAAGAAAGGAAAAAAACAAAGUCCACGUGUCCGGGUAAUACUAAGCAUCGAAACGCCACAUGUGAUCAUUCAACUAUUCCAAAAUCCCUGAUCAACAAUCUCUUUGAUCUAUCGAAACCCUAAACCUUCAAUCGAUCACCGAUCACAAUGAGCGGCGAAGAAGGUGAAAAGAUGAACAAAGCCGCCGCCGCCUCCGGCGAGCCAUUUCCGGCGAGAAACAAUAAUUACUACGGUACAUUUCAAGGAGUCGCCAAUUAUCAAACUAUUACUCCUUUUUCACAGCAAUCGCAAGCGGUAUUUGGUUUUCCUCAACCUAUACCUCCACCUGGUGUCUCCCCUGUUGUUCCUCCCAAUUGUUAUUAUCCUCAUGGUUAUCAAACCGCUGUUGAAGGUUAUGCUGUUGCCGAAGGUAGACCUAUAAGGGAGCAUCGGCUUCCUUGCUGUGGUAUGGGAAUUGGCCGGUUCUUGUUCAUUAGUGGUUUCUUUCUUGGUGCCAUUCCCUGGUACAUUGGAGCUUUUCUUCUUUUGUGUGCUCGGCUCGAUUACAGAGAAAAACCUGGAUUUAUUGCAUGCACCUUAGCAGCUACGCUUGCUUUGAUUGCUGUGACUCUUGGUGUGACAAAGGCAAGUUAUCCCUGGUGAGAGGCGAUUCAUGCUGCAAAUAUUGUAAAUUUUCAUGAAAAUAUUUAUAUAGGAAGGAAAGAAAGGGAAUCUUUUUGUUUGUCUUCGUUUGGAAUUGUCGUUUAUUCUUGCAAUUUGUAUAUAGCAGCUAUCGACUUGAGUGAUGCUUAUGCAUGAUGUUCACUAUUUUUUCUUCUACCUCUGGUAAUGCAAUUCUUAGUAAGCCUGUUACAAUGUAUUCUUCUAAGCAUUUUGUGAAAAUAGACAAUAUAAAUGCAGAAUUUGAUAUUGGA